GCAGUUUUAACUUGUUGGUGGUUCUGCCCGUGGCUGUCGUUAGAAUGGAUGAAUGCGGCUAGCCGGGUGUUAGCUUCGGCAAUGUAGUCACCCUCAGAAUGAUAUCGCAGCGGGAAAGUGGAGAACUCGCUCGGUUUUAUACGGUCACGGACCCAAAGAAGCACAGGAAAGGUUAUACGGUUUACAAAGUCACCGCACGAAUAAUCUCAAGGAAAAACCCAGAAGACAUCCAAGAGAUAACUGUAUGGAAGCGAUAUAGUGACUUCCGGAAGCUUCACCAGAAUCUGUGGCAGCUUCACAAAAAAGUUUGCAGCCAGUCUGAGCUCUUUCCUCCUUUUGCUAAAGCCAAAGUAUUUGGCCGAUUCGACGACUCCGUGGUAGAGGAGAGAAGACAGUGUUCGGAGGAUCUCCUGCAGUUCUCUGCUAAUAUUCCUGCUCUGUACAACAGCCAGGAUAUUCAAGAUUUUUUCAAGGGAGGGGAAGUUCACGACGGCUCUGAACUUAUUGGACCUGUUGAGCCUUUUUCGGACUUUCUGGCUGACAGUUUAUCUGACUGUAGUUCUGAAGUUCCAAGAGACCACAGUGCUGCGGACGAUUUAACCCUCACAUCUGAGUAUGGAGGUCCGUCCAGCGACAGCGACCUGACCUCCCUGGCUGUCGAUACAGACUCUUUAGUCGGGUUGGACGAUGGCAUGGCCUCAGGUCGCACUUCCCCAAAUCAGCCACACGGGGGAGCCAGUCAUCUCAGCAGUAGUUGCAGCCCUCGCUUGCCCUCCUUACAGGAGCGCCACCACGCUCCAUCCAUCCCUGCUUCCUCUGCCCCUCUCUCUGAGGUCAGCCGGUCAGGCCAAACACCGCUCCUCCCUACCGCUCUGACAAACGCCAAAGACCUGAAGUCAGACUACCUAGAAAAGGCGAGCGAGCUGAUCUGUCUCGCCGUGGAAAAGGAAAAGCAUCAGGACUACCACGCAGCUUUUUCAUACUAUCGCAGUGGAGUCGACUUGCUGCUGCAAGGAGUGCAAGUGGAGUCGAGCUCCGCGCGCCGAGAGGCCGUGAAGAAGAAGACAGCCGAGUAUUUGAUGCGCGCUGAACAAAUAUCCAGUCAGUUUCUGAAAAGCGACAUGGGUCAAGGGUCGACGCAAACAGUGGCUUUUGGGGUUCAGUGCUGCUCUUCCACCAGCAGAGGAGGGCAGCAGAGUCCAUCUGAUGAGCUGACAGCUUACAGAGUCCUAGGAGUUAUAGAUAAGGUUCUGCUGGUCAUGGACAAGAGAACACAAGAGACGCUCGUCCUGAAAGGCCUGAGGAAAAGCAGCGACUGUGGGCGACCCAGAAAGACCAUCAUGCCUCACUCGGUGCCCCACAUGGUCAAACUAAGAAAGUUUAUCGUCUCUGAAGACACAAUCUUUCUUUUGCUGCAGUAUGCUGAAGGGGGAAAGCUGUGGUCUCACAUCACAAAAUACCUUCACAAGUCCAGCCCAGACGAGAGCUUUGACAUCCCUUUCAUCCAGAAGAGCCACACAACAGCUGUACACUCUCCACAGCACACAAUACCGCGGCUGGAAGUGGACUCGGGCAGCUGUGAUUCCGGCCCUGCCGCCGGCUCUCUUCACAGUCUGCAGAAGGACGGGCAGAGAGCCUCUGCGUCUCCUCUCAAAAGCCCUCUGCCUCCUGGAGUCGCCGAGCCAACGUGGGCUCGCUCGGACUCUGGAGCCACCUCCGAGGAGGAGUGCACCAACAGCUAUUUGACUCUUUGCAACGAGUACGAGCAGGACAAGGUAGAACCAGACGCGUUGGAGGAAGAGGAAGAUGACAGGAGCGAACAGGACAUGCUCUCGUUGGAGGUGCCAACGGCCGCAACCACCAGAUCCUCGCAAAGCCACUCCCUAAUGAGCAACGACAGCCUCUCCUCGCCUGUCAGCUCGCAGGAACUUGGCUUCUUCAGUGAGUUGUCUGAGAAAAGUGGCCACGCCCCUGACGGGGAAGAAAACAAGCCCGUCUUCAGUCCUUUACGAUCCCCCGUCGCGCCUCUCUCACUGGAUCAGUCCAAGCACACGCCGAUGGAGUUUUUCCGCAUCGACAGUAAAGACAGCGCGAGCGAGGUGGCCUGCCUCGACUCGGCCGCUCCUCAUAAGCAGACCCCCCCGUUUGCUGCAUCUGAGGAUCUCCCAGAGCUGGCUCAGGAAGCGAGGGGUCCGGCUUCUGAGUUUUGGGGGCCGGACUGCAGCGACAAAGGCUCCAACGAGUCGGUGCCGGUCAUCUCGUUCGAAGAGGCCGCCGUCGAGGAGGAGGGCCGUCCACCCGACUUACUCGUAAACCUUCCAGCCGUGGGGGGGGGUCAGGACUCGGCACAGGAGGAACGACAAACCUCCGGAGUGUGUUUGGGGCUUGAAGUAACGGCUUCCCCCCAAAAGAGCGUCCAGCCGGAUGUUUUGCAGCUUAACAGUCCGCCUGAAGACAGAAACGAUGAACAGAAACCUUUUCUGUUCGCCGCAGACUCUGCAGCUGGCGGUCCAAGUGUUUUGUCGUCAUCUCAUUUGGAGUUAGACGACGGCUUGGUUUAUAGCCGAGAAGCUUCGGAACAAGCCCCCGAUCACCCUAUAGGUCAAGUUAGUGACCUUUCUGCUGACUCCUUCAUUCCAGAUGCAGAGAAUCAUAAACUGGAGCCGUCUACUGCACCAAACAUGGAUGUGGAUGCAAACCGUAGCAUCACAGGCUCCGCCCCUAUCAUAGACGGCGCUCAGGCCUGUGCGCUCUUUGAAAAUUUGCUAGGUCUCGAUGGGGAAAAAUCGCACGAUAAAGAAGUGUCACGGCUGUUCGCAGAGCUGGACGAGCUGUCGUUGGCAGCAUCUCAAGUUCAGAUUCCGGAGGAGUUUGUUCGGUGCUGGGCCGCGGAGAUGGUGAUGGCGCUCAGCUCUCUGCACCAGGAGGGCGUCAUCUGCAAAGACCUGAACCCCAACAACAUCCUUCUUGACCACCAAGGUCACGUUCAGCUCACCUACUUCUGCAGCUGGUUUGAUGUGGAGGAGUCCUGUGACAAGGAGGCGGUCGCCAGCAUGUUCUGUGCUCCAGAGGUGGGAGGCAUCAGCGAGGAGACGGAAUCAUGCGAUUGGUGGAGUUUGGGAGCCAUCCUCUUUGAGCUCCUGACAGGCGUGUCGCUGCUGCGCUGCCAUCCAGCAGGAAUCGGUCGCCACACGGCUCUCAACAUUCCCGAGUCUGUUUCAGAGGAGGCCAGGUCUCUGCUGGAACAGCUGCUCCAGUACAACCCCAUGGAGAGGCUUGGGGCGGGCGUCGGGGGGGUGGAUGAUAUCAAGUCCCACCCCUUCUUUGCCUCAGUGGAGUGGCCCGAAUGAUGCGUCUGUGGAAACCAAAGUUGUGUGACGGGGGAAACGAGAAGACGGGAAUAAACCGUAAAUCCAGAUUCUCUUUUAAUGCAGAAUCUCUUUAUUUUAAGAGUUUAGUUUACAAAAACAAGCAGCUGUGUCCAUUUUUUAAAAAAUUUUGACAUGAGUUCACACACGUGCACUGCAAUAACUCUAACAGCAAGUGUGAGCAGACCGACGACCCAUUACUGCACUGACGAGUUUCUACCAGAACAAGCUGCACGCCAAACGUCAUCAUGACCACCUACUCUGCCGCACAGCCAGAUCUAAAACUGAAGAGGUGAUGCUCAAUUCUAGGCGUUGAAGGGGAGUGUCCCAAUUUUAUUUAUUUCUUUUAUAUUGAGAUUUAAGGGGAGGGGCUAUACCAACGGCACAAAUGAAAUGGGGGAAGCAAAUAUCCAAUCUUGUUUGACAUAUUUUUUUACUCUUAAAAAAAUCUGUUCAUGUAAUUAUACUAUACAUUUAAAUUUCAAACAAAAAUCCAUGCUUUUAUUUUUUCUUUUUAGCUUUUUUUUUUUUUUUUUGGACAGCCACAAAAACAGGAAAAUAUGGACACUAUGCAAACGCAGAAAAUAAAACUAACUUAAAUAAAUGACAUUAUUUAAUAGAUCAGGUCAUAAAAAGAUGACAAAAACAAAUGAUCUGCACUAUUUAACCAUGCUUUUUCCACUUGAUUCCUAUAAUAAAUGCAGUUGUAAAAAAAUAUUAAAUUAUUUGUGUAAAUAGAUUUUUUUAAAUGCAGUUUUCAAAGUUGUGUGUUUCUUGUCCUUCUAUCCAUCAAGUAAUCACAUACGUUGAUUUUGACAUGUUUACAGGUUUAUUGUUGAGAUUAUUGCCAUGUUUGUGUGAUUAUUAAGCUCUCGGUACUCAUGGAGGAACAAAACUGCAUUUGUCUCACGGAUGUUUGGAUAAUCACUCCAUAGAUGUUCUUUUUUUCCUCCGCCUCACGCAUGGAAAUGUUUUUUUUUUCCUAAAUCAGGAUGCACGCAUUUGUGUGUCUGCGCGUGUGUGAGGUGUUUGUGCAGUCUGGAAAACAAUAAACAUACCUGGUUCACAACACGA